GCGGUAGCUCGUGCUCUCUCCAUCAUAAAAGCCAAGCUCCCCUCAUUUUCCCACUGCAUCUCCAACUGAACCAUCCUACCACCACCACAAGAGGAGUCGCCUCGCAAACCACCAACAAAAUGACCUACACAACGCAAGCCGAAUUCGACGAGGCCCUGCACACAGUCCGCACAACCUUCGCCACGGGCCAUACCAAACCCCUCCCCUGGCGGCGCCAGCAACUCCGACGCCUAUGGUGGAUGCUCGAAGACCACCGCGCGACCAUUGUGGCCGCACUACAAACCGACCUCCACAAAUGCGAAGUGGAAACCACCAUCGUUGAGAUCGGCAUGCUGCAAGCCGACAUCCUGCACACCCUGGAUAACCUGAGCGCGUGGACGGCCGACGAGAAGCCCACGCGCCUCGACCCCGUCAAUUUUCUGGGGGGCACCGUCGUGCGCACCGAGCCGCUCGGCGUGACGCUGAUCAUCGGCGCGUGGAACUGUCCCUUUCAGCUGGCGCUGCAGCCGCUCGUGGCGGCCAUCGCGGCGGGGUGUGCGGCGAUCGUCAAGCCGUCGGAUGUGAGUGCCGCGUCCCAGGAGGUGUUGGCGCGGAUCAUGCCCGAGUAUUUGGAUACGAAGGCGAUCCGGUGUGUGACUGCGGGCCCCGGCGAGAUGGAGUACAUCCUGGCGCAGCGGUGGGAUCAUAUCUUCUACACGGGGUCGGCGAAGGUGGCCAAGAUCGUGCAUGCUGCUGCGGCGAGACAUCUUACGCCGGUGACGUUGGAGUUGGGGGGCCAGGGGCCGGCGAUCGUGACGGAGUCGGCGGAUGUGGAGAUGGCGGGGAAGAGGAUUGCGGGGGCCAAGUUUCUGUUGGCGGGGCAGGUCUGCAUCAACGUCAACCACAUCCUCGCCCACCCGUCCGUCCGCGACGCCCUCGUCGCCUCCCUCACCCGCUGGUUCGACACCUUCAACGGCGGCGCCGACACCGUGCCCCCCUACAGCUGCCACAUCGUCAACGACCGCAACUUCGACCGCCUCGAGUCCCUGCUCAGCCGCACGGCCGGCCGCAUCGUCUACGGCGGCGUCCGCGACCGCAGCACCCGCUACUUCGGCCCCACGAUCGUCGUCGACGUCCGGCCGGACGACGUCCUCCUGACCGAGGAGCUCUUCGGCCCGAUCCUCCCCAUCGUCGACGCCGACCUCGACGCCGCGCUCGCCUUCACCACCUCCCUCGAGCAUCCCCUGGCCUUGUACGCGUUCACGAACGUCGAGGCCGAGAAGGACCGGAUCCUGCGGGAGACGGCCUCCGGCGGCGUCACGUUCAAUGACUGUCUCCUGCACGCCUUGGCGAAAGAUGCCCCCUUCGGAGGUGUGGGCCAUGCCGGCAUGGGCGCGUACCAUGGGAAGUAUGGGAUCCAGGCGUUCUCGUAUCGGCGGACGGUCACGAAUGCACUACCGACUGUGCUGGAGGGGUUCAUGGAUGCCAGGUAUCCGCCGUAUACUGUGGAGAAGAUGCACAAGAUGAUGCCGAAGGUGACGCCGUCGUUCGACCGCGAGGGGAAUGAGAGGAGCUCGGUGGGCAAGGUGGCUGGCGCGGUGGGCGCGGUGGCUGCUCUGGGCGCUUCGGUCUGGUUUCUGGGCGGUGCGAGGGAGAGGAUUCCGGCCUAUGUGAAGGGGUGGUUGCGGUAGGAACUUUUUCUACGUUGUACUCGUCGGUAGUUAGCUCUGGAUUGUAAUUGGUCUGUACAGUAUUUGGGUUGACUUCAUGCUUGCGCGCGUGUAGUUC